GCACACAGAACAACCCACGUGAUGCUCGUGCGAUGCUGCGCCAGAACCCGCAGCUCUCCUACGCCCUGUUGCAGGCUCAGGUUGUCAUGAGGAUCGUGGACCCCGCCGUCGCCAUGAAGUUGCUCUCAACCACGGAGUUUGAUGAGUCUGAGUUGGAGUCCAUGGUUGUGGCUGCUGCUGCUGCUGCUGCUGCAGCCACAACCACCACCACCACCACCACCACAGCUGCCGCACAACCACCACCACCACCACCACCACAACAACAACAACCACAAGAACAGCCACCACCAUCUACGGCAGCGCCUGCAACAACCGCCCAGGAACAACCCUCAGGGUCCCAGGUGUUGGUAACUCCAGGCAGUCGGCCAGCGGUGCAAACUCUCAACAUGGGGCCUAGCGCAGUUGAACAGCAGCAGCAGCAACAACAACAACAACCACAACAACAACAACCACAACAACAACAACCACAACAACAACCACAACAACUACUACAACAACCACUGCAACAGGGAGUCUCAAGCUCCAACAACAGCAGGGACUUUUUGGCUGCUGCUGCUGCUGGGUCACAUGACCCACGAGCCGCUAAAGGGUUCGACGCUCGGCCCGCUGUGACCUUCGACCCCCGGAGUUCAGCACUGCCUCCAGGUCGUGACCCCAGGUCGGUGACUUUGAACCCAGCUCCUCCAAUACAGCAACAGAGUUCAACAGCUUCUGAAGAGCAGGAAAAGGCUGCGUUGAUCAUGCAGGUGCUCCAGCUCACUCCGGAGCAGAUAGCGCUGCUACCUCCCGUCCAGCGGCACAGCAUCCUGCUGUUGCAGCAACAACUCAACAACCACAACAACUAGACCACCACCACUAAACCACCACCACUCAAUAACCACAACAACUAGACCACUAAACCACCACCACUCAACAACCACAACAACUAGACCACCACCACUAAAC